AUGGAGAAAAGUAACGUCGUAAUUGUAAUGUUGGUGCUUUGGGUCUUGUGUGUGUCGUGUACCAAAGCAGGAAAAUUGUCACCUUUGGAAAUUGAAAUCGAAGCCAAAUUAAAACUUCUCAACAAGCCUGCGGUCAAAACCAUUCAGAGUGAAGAUGGAGAUAUUAUUGAUUGUGUGGACAUCUACAAACAACCUGCUUUUGACCAUCCUGCCUUAAAAAAUCACACUAUUCAGACGGUACCCAAUUUUCUGCUAGAAAUCCAAAAUUCAAGAACAGAAGAAGCAUCGGAGUCACAGUCAGUGGUAUUCCAGACAUGGCAGAAAAGUGGAAGCUGUCCAAAAGGAACAAUCCCUAUUCGCAGAAUUCUAAAGGAGGACUUGCUCAGAGCUGCUUUCCUCGACCAAUUCGGGCGAAAACCCUCUGCAGUGUUCAACAAUUCAACUAAAACCUUCCACACCAAUGACUCCAAACUAUAUGCUUCACAACGGCGCUCCGCAUCAUAUCUUUCGUCAAAGGCACCCACUUAUGGUGUACUAGCAGAUAUUAACAUUUGGAAUCCAAAGGUUGACUUGCCAUAUGAUUUCACCACAGCUCAACUCCGGCUUAAAACCGACAAUGGUCCUAAUUAUGAAAGCGUUGAAGCAGGCUGGAUGGUGAAUCCGAUGUUAUAUGGUGACACAAACACCCGGCUAUUUGCCUACUGGACUUCUACGGAUUCAUCCAAGUCAACAGGUUGCUUUGAUCUUGCUUGUUCUGGGUUUGUGCAAACAGGCAGCACAGUAGCACUUGGUAGCACCGUAAAACCUGUGUCAACCACACAUGGCCCACAGUAUGUGAUCAGCGUUGGAAUAUUCAGGAAUUGGUGGCUUGCAUUAUGGAACGACAAGACUGUACCUAUAGGUUAUUGGCCUUGGGUGUUAUUUGACAACUUAAGAGAGUUUGCUACGUCAGUUGAAAUGGGUGGAGAAGUGGUGAGUUCGAACGUAAAACGUAGGCGCCCUCACACUGCAACAGGGAUGGGAAGUGGAGAUUUGAUUAACGAUCUAAAGGGGAGCGCAUGCUUCAUGCGUCAUUUGAAGGUAAAGUACGCUGGUCGUGCGCUUCGGUACCCUUAUGAACCAACAGCAGUGGCUGAUGAACCCACCUGUUAUAAUUGCUACAAUCAAAUGGAUGGCUUUGGAGGCCUCCCCGUCUUCUAUUUUGGAGGACCCUAUUGUCCUUGA